GCCUUUCCGGAUCGCUUCGCGGCUGGUAUGACUUUGCGCGCGUGGAGAAUGUGAAAAGUGACGCGGGCGGGGGGAAAAUUUUUCCCCUCGUUCAACGCUGCUUCGAGCCCUGCCCACCUCCCUUUUUGGAGAGACAUUUCGCAUUCGUGCUCGGCGCCCCCAAUCGUGAUGAUGAUGAUGAUCAGCACCAGCGUUCAAAGUCACCUCUGCGCGCCGCCCCCCUUGGCGCCUCUCAAGCUCCAUGCUGAAGCCCCUCCCCCUCCUCCCGAAUCGCUUCCUCACUUUUCUUUGCCUCUUCCUCGCGACAUCAAGCUUACGCGUCCGGCGAGCCCAAAAGACGCUUCUACCCCUUCCUCAGCACUUUUGUCGCCUACAUCGGUCUGAUCGGUACAGCA